CUACUUAAAAACACGCACACACGCACUCACUUCUUCCUUCCUUCCUUCCUUUUCUCUCUCUAUCUCUGUCCUCUCUCUGACGCCGUUUCUUCUGGAUUUUCACGUCCACUUCAAAUCGGCGCCGAGAAGAAACACCAACAUGGGUCGCCGAGAUCCGGGUCGGAUCGCACCAUUCUUCCUCGCCCUGAUCUGCCUCUUGAUCUCAUCUGCUAGCUCUUUCUACCUCCCCGGCGUCGCUCCCCGCGAUUUCCAGACGAAUGAUCUGCUUCCUGUAAAAGUGAACAAGCUGUCCUCUACAAAGACGCAACUUCCAUAUGACUACUACUUCUUGCAAUACUGCAAGCCGAAGAAAAUUUUAAACAGCGCGGAAAACCUUGGGGAGGUGCUUCGAGGUGACCGGAUAGAGAAUUCAGUUUAUGAGUUUCAUAUGAGGCAAGAGACACCCUGCAAAGUGGCUUGUAAAGUGAAGCUUAAUGCUGAAGCUGCUAAGAACUUUAAAGAAAAAAUUGAUGACGAGUACCGGGUCAAUAUGAUUCUGGAUAAUCUCCCAGUUGCUGUGAUUAGACAAAGGCGGGAUGGUAGUCAGUCAACCACUUAUGAACAUGGCUUCCGUGUUGGUUUCAAAGGAAACUAUGCUGGGAGCAAAGAGGAGAAGUAUUUUAUCCAUAACCACUUAAGCUUUAAGGUCAUGUACCAUAGAGAUCCUGAAUUGGAAACUUCCCGAAUUGUUGGAUUUGAAGUUAGCCCGAACAGCAUCAAUCACGAGUAUAAGGAGUGGGACGAGAAGAACCCUCAGGUGACAACAUGCAACCAAAACACCAAAAAUUUAGUUCAAGGCAGUACUGUUCCGCAGGAAGUAGAUACAGAUAAGGAGGUGGUUUUCACAUAUGAUGUUACUUUUAAGGAAAGUGAAAUAAAGUGGGCAUCCCGUUGGGAUACAUACCUUCUCAUGAAUGAUGAUCAGAUCCAUUGGUUUUCCAUCAUAAAUUCUUUGAUGAUCGUUCUCUUCCUUUCUGGCAUGGUUGCCAUGAUCAUGAUGAGAACUCUAUAUAGAGACAUUGCAAACUAUAACCAGUUGGAAACACAAGAUGAAGCCCAGGAAGAAACGGGGUGGAAACUUGUCCACGGAGAUGUCUUUAGGGCACCAAUUAAUUCUGGCCUGUUGUGUGUAUAUGUUGGAACUGGUGUUCAGGUCUUUGCGAUGACACUCGUGACAAUGAUUUUUGCAUUGCUGGGCUUCUUGUCCCCUUCCAACAGAGGUGGACUUAUGACAGCCAUGGUUCUCCUUUGGGUUUUCAUGGGCUUAUUUGCUGGUUAUUCCUCUGCACGAUUAUACAAGAUGUUCAAGGGUACUGAGUGGAAGAGGAAUACUUUGAAGACAGCAUUCAUGUUUCCUGGUAUUCUUUUUGCCGUCUUCUUUGUGCUUAAUGCUCUCAUAUGGGGUGAGAAAUCAUCUGGAGCUAUUCCUUUUGGAACCAUGUUUGCCCUUGUAUGCUUGUGGUUCGGCAUAUCGGUGCCUUUAGUUUUUGUUGGUAGCUAUUUGGGUUUCAAGAAACCAGCCAUUGAAGACCCAGUGAAGACCAAUAAAAUACCCCGUCAAAUCCCAGAACAGGCAUGGUACAUGAAACCGAUUUUCUCGAUUCUUAUUGGAGGGAUACUCCCAUUUGGGGCAGUCUUCAUUGAACUGUUCUUUAUCUUGACUUCCAUAUGGCUGAACCAGUUCUACUAUAUCUUUGGCUUCCUUUUCAUCGUGUUUGUGAUCCUAUUAAUCACGUGCGCAGAAAUUACUAUUGUUCUCUGCUACUUCCAGCUCUGCAGUGAGGAUUAUCACUGGUGGUGGAGGGCCUACCUUACUGCUGGUUCCUCAGCUCUAUACCUUUUCCUUUACUCUGUUUUCUACUUCUUCACCAAGCUGGAAAUCACAAAGCUAGUGUCUGGUAUCUUAUACUUUGGUUACAUGAUGAUAGCUUCAUACGCCUUCUUUGUGUUGACGGGCACAAUCGGCUUCUAUGCUUGCUUCUGGUUUGUUAGGAAGAUCUACUCUUCUGUGAAGAUUGACUGAUGUAAAACCGAAGUAGCUCAGCGGGUUUAGUUGAAAAUGGCCGGGAAGUCGAGCUUGUAGGCGGCAUGAAGGAGGUUGGAGCACACACUUUGUGGGAUAUAGUAGAAGGAGAUAGGAACUCUGGAAGUUUUCCCAGCCUGCAAUUAGUGUUUCUCAAUUUCCUGCUCUAGUAUUAGGGGGAUCUUGUAUGUCCUUAUUUUAUGCUGUUACACCUUUUUACUGAGAUGAAGUGUACCUUAAAAUAUACUUCUUGUGUAGAAACAGGUUUUUUUGUAGUUGUCUUGAUUGAUAACUGGUACAUUUGAGAACUCUACUACUAUGAAGUUUUGCAAGGUGAAUAGUUUGUGAUUCAUAGCCAUAUUGACCUUCAGUAAUUGUGGUGCUGCCAUAUCCAAUUUCGUACAGUGUCCUUUAUUGUUGGGUGCUUAUUUUUGUACAUGCACUUGUAACUCACAAAUAAACUUGCAAGUAACAC